UCUCCUCUCACGACCGCAGCUUUCCUGUAUAAUGGUUUUCAACUUCACCUUUAGCUUUGGUGUUCCUGGCAUCGUGAACCCCUUUUUAGCACAGGCUGAAACAACCGAUACAUCGACACAGCCAAAUGCUGCGACCUCAGCCCCGGUCCUCGAGAAAUUAUCCCGAAGCCAGGUCGGGCCACGUUCUCGUCUAGAUCACACCUCUUUACCCCCCUCUGCACCUCUUAGCAAGAAGCGGGGUUGGGCACCGUCAAACUCAGAGCCAAUUCAACCUGUAUCGGUCAACGCAUCGUCUAGCGGCUACCUCGAUACUCCGGCGAAGUACCGGGACAUGGUUCAGGGUGGCGUGGGGUACGCUGGUCGAGAGCAAAGCGCAGAGGUAGAAGAAACCGACCAAGAUAUCCACCCUUCCAAGCGCAGACGAACGUUCACGGGCGCCGUCAUCUCCACAGCUGUAUCAGCUGCUGUUAUCGGAACAGCUGUUGGCCUUACCGUCUACCGAUUAUGGAGUAACCGAGGCCGUGAGCCCGAGCCAGCCCAACUUCCUCCUCCGCCACCAUAUACCCAAGGCGAUUGGAUCCAUCCCGAAGAAGACGACUUCGGACCUUCAUCACCGAAAUCACACACCCCUCCUACAACAACAGCACGCCGCAGACCUCGCCACACCGUCAUUCCCGCCUCCUCCCGCAAAGCAGCUACUAUGCGCCACCCCCGUCGUUCCGUUGCCCCUCGCCAUCACAUCUCCCCCCGAUCCCGGUCACCCGACAAGAAUAGUACGGGUGUGGGCAUGAGUAGUGUACAGACCGAGUUCAAUUUCGGUCAGACUAGGGGAAUGGUCGGGCAGGAAGGUGGAGAGGAAGAGGAGGUCGAGGAUAAGAUGGAUUGGAUGGGGGAUCGGUUAGCGAUGUUGAUCGCGGAGGGGCAGAAAGCGCUGGGGAAGGAGGUGGUCGUCAUGUCAGACGCGGCGGAAGAUGAGGUCGAUGACGGGAGUGGGGCAUGGGUCGACCAGGGACCGUCGGGGUCUGGCAGCGGGAGCUCGAGUAUGGGCAGAUCGAGAUCGAGAUCGGGCUCGGUGAGGAGGAGAGGGAGGGCGCCUGCGCCGCACGCGCUUACGCCUUCGUGGACGGGGGCUGGAACGGGCGCAUUGUCGGUGCCGUCGAGCUCGAGUCCUCGAGCAGCUGCUUUUGGGGAGCAGUCGAUGCAGAACGUUGGGCUGCCCAUGUCGCUUCCGAAUCAGGGCGCAUGGGGUUCGCAUUCCGAUGCGGGGAUUCCGAGCUCGUAUAACGCUGGAGAGGACUCGUCUAUGCUUGAGAGUACGGAGCUGAAGGCGACUAUGGAGAGGGCGAGGGCGGCGUAUCUGGCGAGGCGGGCUGGCGGUUCUUCAUCGUAGGACAUCUCUUAUUCCCUUUUUUUGCUAUUGCUAUUGCUAUUGGACUUGUGGAGUGCUCUGUGGUUUGUAUGCUUUGUCGUGUAUUCUUUUUUUUGUCUCUUUUCUAUUGUCCUCCUUUAUUUUCACCCUUGUCUGUUCAGCUAGAUUCUGCGGGUCACUCGGUGUUGAACUCGGUGUUUUACCAUCAAAUCAAUCUCUUUAUUCUCGGUCAUUGUUCUUCUAUCGUUUUUCAUACUAUUGCCUCACACUUUCAUUGUCUUUUCUAUUCCUUGCUAUGUUCUAUUCCGGUCCUAUCCUCACGCCGCCUCACGAAUCACGAAUCACGACGUCCAUCGAUCCCGCCGUCCCACUCAUCGUCCAUCCGGAUCUUCUUGUUCUCUCUCAAACCUGCAUGUUUCCACUUCCUGUACACAAUUUCACUAUCCAUUCACAAUUCACAAUUCCACAUACCAGUUCAGUUUCAUAAUUAUCGUCGACGAUCGAUCCGCGAGUUUCGGGUCCUUUCAUGCUGUCUGUCUGUCCGUUGUUGUUUUCCAUGCAUGUAGCUCUUACUCAUUACCCACUAUUCUUACUCGCUCCCUUGCCCAUUUUACCUCAACUCGUUGUCCUUGUUCCCUUCACGCGUGCGCGUCACGGUCUUUCCUUUGUUUCCGUAUUCGCUCUGUGUUUUUGUCUUGUUGAUGUGGAGUGGUAGUAUGAUUCGUCACGCUCGUGAAUGUUGAACGAUGCAUUGCAUUGGGCAAAAUAGUUGAUGGUGUUUCU